AUGACCACCUUGCUGCGUGUAGCUGCCGCGUCGAGCUCGGCACUCCUUAGACUGGCUGGCAUUGGGUUCCUUCGAUGGAUACCCGGUCAUCAUUUCCCCCCAAUAAUUUUCACCUCCCUGGCCGUUUAUCUGGCGUCGCUGUGGUUCUUGCUCCAGCCUACGACCAAUGCAGCCCUGAGCCGCAGAAGUGAAGAGAAGGGGAAUACGAAAGAGAAGAAUGGCGAUGCUGGUUCAUCCGUAUUGGACACGUCUCGUGCAAAGAUCGAGUCCGAAGACUGCGCCGAUUCGUCCUUCCUGAAGACGUUGUUGACGGGUCUUCCGUCUAAGAAUGCGAAGAUAUCGACGCUGACCACUGUUGCGAUCAACGUGCUCCUGGCCCUGUUUACGGCGGAUUUCCUGUUCCGGGCUCUGAUCUUCUAUCCCACAGACGACCUUGCUUUCUCUCGCGUUGGCUACGUGUCCCCUACGACGGCCAAGCUGCUCGUCCGCGAGCCUGAUCCCGCCAAGCUUCCGUUGAUUGUCUCCUAUCGGGAAGCCGGGGAAGAUGAGACGGGCAAGUGGAUUGAAGAAGGCAAGAUCUAUUCACUCGGGAAUUCGACCGACUUCACCUAUCCGGUGACGCUGAAGAACCUCAAGCCAUCGACACAGUACCGCUACUCCCUGUCGAACAACCUGACUGGUAGCUUUGUCACGGCGCCGUUGCCCGGCUCCCAGGCUGCCAAUCGACUGACCUUCCUCACUUCGAGCUGUAUAAAGCCGAAUUUCCCAUACAGCCCUUUCUCGCAUCCUCUCCGCAUCCGCGGGCUCGAGCUGGUCUCGCGUGCGGUUUCCAAACUCCCGUCCCUUAUGCGACCCUCUUUCAUGCUGUUCCUCGGAGACUUUAUCUACAUUGACGUGCCUCUCCGGUUUGGGUCCUCUCAAUCGCACUACCGGAGUGAGUACCGUCGCGUGUACUCCUCCCCGAGUUGGUACGAACCGAAAGAACAACCGACCAUCAACCUCCCCUGGAUCCAUACGCUGGACGAUCAUGAGAUCGCAAACGACUGGUCCAAGGGGAAUACGACGGCCCCCUACCCGGCAGCGGCAGAGCCGUAUUCGCUGUAUCAUGUCAGCGUCAACCCUCCCAUCCCUCCGUUGCCGUUCGCGACCCCCGAGAACACGACCUAUUUCUCCUUCAUCCACGGACCCGCGUCGUUCUUCAUGCUCGACACGAGAACCUACCGCUCGGCUCCUCUGCAGCCCAACUCCACGAUGCUCGGAUCCGCGCAGCUGCAGUCCCUUCUGGCCUUUCUGGCUCGACCGGAGCCGGCGGAGGUGAAGUGGAAGAUCGUCGCCUCCAGCGUGCCCUUCACGAAGAACUGGCACAUCGGCACGCAGGACACCUGGGGCGGGUUCCUGAACGAGCGCCGUACGAUUUUCGAAGCCAUGUGGCGGGCGGAGCGCGACCUGGGGGUCCGCAUCGUGCUCUUGAGCGGCGAUCGCCACGAGUUCGCAACCACGCGGUUUCCAGACCCGGAGCUGCAGCUCAGCGCGAACGAGCUUGCGCCAGGCACCGCGGGCGAAGGGAUCCACGAAUUCAGCGUCGGACCGCUGAACAUGUUCUACCUCCCGAUCCGAACCUAUCGCCAAACAGACGACAAAGACGUCAUGGUCAAAUACGCCCCGGACGGCAACGUCAAAUUCGGCCAGAUCGACAUUGACGUAGUCAGCAACAGCAACCACGAAAACAACCACGACAAAACAUCAAGUUCGUCUGUCCUGACCUACUCCCUCUACGUCGACGGCGUCAUCGUAUGGAAGUACCAACUCUCUGUGCCGCUCCAUCACGGGGGAGACAUUGACGCUGCCCCUACCCCUACCCGCCUCCCACCAGGCCAGGUCCUCCUCGACGAGACAGGAUGGCAGCGUCUGCGGGAGAGAAUCGGUUCGUUUGCGCAAAAGGCUACGCGUGCAUGGGACGAUCUGAAAGAGAAGUUCUGGCCGGUGCUGGAGAAGAUUAGGCUAGAUAGACUGUGA